AUGGCGGGAAAUUUCACGGAUUUCGGUGAUUUAGUUCUUAUAAUAGGGGAUUUUCAUGUCCCACAGAGGGCGGUAGAUUUGCCGCCUUGUUUCAAGGAAUUGUUGCAUACAGACAAAAUACGUCAUGUACUAUGCACCGGUAACGUGGGCAGCGAAUCCGUCCUUGAAUUCCUUAGAGGAAUUGCUGGCUCUGUUCAUAUUGUUAAGGGAGAUAUGGAUGAGGGCAUGGAUUUCCCAGAGUACAAAAUAUUGCAAUUUGGAGAAUUCAAGGUGGCGCUCCUACACGGCCACCAAGUCAUUCCUUGGGGAGAUGCAGAUGCCUUACUGCAAUGGCAGCGACGGCUAGACUGCGACAUUGUGGUGUCUGGACAUACGCACAGCAAUUCAGUUCGUGAGGUAGAAGGCCGUUUCUUUAUUAACCCGGGUUCUGCAACAGGUGCCUACCAACCCUGGGCUCCUUCCCCUACCCCUAGCUUUAUGUUAAUGGCACUACAAGGCGCUUCUGUUGUUCUGUAUAUAUAUGAAGAAAGAGAUGGAAAAGCAGAAGUCGUCAUGAGCGAAUUCUCUAAACCUGCAAAAAAAUAA